CCAACAUGCAAACCCCAAUAGUUGUCUCAGGAUCCCAUAUACACUUUCAAAAGAAGCAUUCAAACAUUGGUCCUAAAAUUUCUAAGCCAAAUAAAACUUCGGGGCAUGGCAAGACUGCUCGGAUGCAGAAGAUCAUUAAAAUCCAGAAGUUUCUAGAGGCAUCUACUUGCAUAACUUUCUAGGAGAAUUUGUCAAGGAUCAAUGCGAACACUAAAAAUUUUAAAAAUAAGACAUUAGCUGAAGUUUUUAAUAAAAAUCGGUCGCCACAUAAUAGGAGUCUAGCACAACCUAGAAAUGCGAAGCACAACUUCAUGAGAAUUUCCAAACAAGUUGAUGAGACAGAGCCUGAUCUUCGAGCACACCAGUGUCCAACCCAAAUAAAUUUCCAGUUCGAUUCUGCUUCCACAAAAAUGUUCGAUUACAUGACUAGCAGCAAGAUUCAGCCUAAAUAUAUUUUCAACAAGAGAAGGGUACUAAGCAAUUCACCUGUAAGCUCCAGAAAAGGGCAGGACAAGUCUUCAUAUUCUUGAUGAUCCAAAGGAAAGCCGCCUGCCUUCCUUGAAAACUACAUGAACCAUACUAAUUCUGUGAAUUAUUAUCAGCAUAAAGUUAAGCAACUCAAUAAGAAACAAAUGGCAGCAGAUCUUGAUUUUAAACAGAAACUCCAUUCUUUGAUUAUGAUCGACUCAAGCAGAACAUCUGUCAAAGGCAGCCAGGAUUUGUUAAGAGUUCUUAGUCGAGAUAUCAGGAAGGGGGCUUCCACAAAACUUAGCAUCAGCAAGUUAAAGAAGAGACAAAAACAAAGCUUGGCUGAAAAUUUUAGAGACCAAAUAAUCAAGAAUAGUAUUGUUUCAAGAUUGAAAAAGACGGAGAAAUCCAAGAAACACCAAGCAUCAAACUGACUAUUUCUCCCUUCAAAAUCAAUUAUUGGUGUAGUUGGGAGGAAAGUUAAGGAGCCAACUAAGGCAAACCCUACUAGCUGAAUGAGUUCUCCCAAGAAUCGACCCCAGAUCCAGAACAAGAUUGUGAUUCCGAUAUCAAUGCCUGCCUUGACACCUUUAGCCACAGUUAGUCAUAACAAAUCAAAAACUCGCAAAUCAAAAAUUCUGAAGAAAUACAAGAAGAGGGCUAGACAGAACAAGAGCUUUGAGAGAAACAUUCUUACUGGAUGGGAUACAUACACAGAUGAGUUUGAUGAUCCUUUGCUUACAGAAGAGAAUAACUUUUAGAGAAGUACG